AUGGCUACUACUUCCGAUAGCAGGCCGACAUCCUCGCCUGACUCUGCCCGUGACCCAGAGAAGGCGGAUGAUGUUACUCACAACGAGGCAGCCUCUGCUGUCGGCAGUCCUGUUGUCAAAGGCCUGGAUGAGGAUGAAGAGUUCACCCCAGCAGAACAGCGCAAGAUUAUUCAUCGGAUUGACCGCCGACUCAUUUCUACCACCGGCAUCAUGUACUGCAUCUCGCUCAUGGAUCGAACCAAUUUGUCUGCUGCAGCCAUUGCCGGAAUGCUGGUAGACCUUGAGCUCGUUCAGACCCGCUAUAACAUCAUCACGCUCGUAUUCUUCAUAACCUAUGUCAUCUUCCAGCCACCAGCGACUGUGCUCUGCCGCAAGAUCGGCCCUCGUCCAUUCCUUGCGUCCAUUACCUUCGCGUGGGGUGCUGUGAUGAUCGGCUUUGGAUUCCCGCAGCAAUGGACAGCUAUGAUCGGGCUUCGUAUGCUUCUUGGUAUCUUUGAGGCAGGCUUUUUUCCUGGUUGCGUGUAUCUCAUUUCGACGUGGUAUGUUCGCUAUGACCUGCAGAAGCGGUAUUCCGUCUUCUACUUGAUUGGAUGCGUGGCUUCAGCUUGCAGCGGCAUUCUUGCGUAUGGUCUGAUGCAGAUGCAAGGUGUCGCGGGAUAUAACGGCUGGCGCUGGAUCUUCAUCAUGGAGGGUAUCUUGACGUGCCUUGUUGGCGUCGGCGGAUACUUCGCGUUGGUGGACUUCCCAGACCGAGCUGCGAAGACGGCUUGGAGGUUUCUCGACGAAAGAGAAUGCAACUUUAUCAUCCGUCGCGUGGGCAGAGAUCGAAGCGAUGCUGAGGUCGAGCCUUUUAGCCUCAAGAAGUGGGCGGCCGCUGGUUUGGAUCCGGUCAUUUGGGGGUUUGCCUUGAUAUUCUUCUCGAUCACGACCGUCACAUACGCCAUUGCGUACUUCCUGCCCAUCAUUCUGCGCGAGGGCAUGGGCUUCUCAAUCGCCGCGUCGCAAUGUCUGGUUGCGCCACCCUACAUCUUCGCAGGUAUCAUCAUGUUUGCCACUGCAUGGGUUGGGGACAAAUACCAUAUUCGAGGGCCGAUUCUGUGCUUCAACGCGACGCUCGCACUGAUCGGGCUUCCUAUCAUGGGCUGGCAUUCGAACAACAACGUGCGCUACUUUGGCGUAUUUCUGGUCACAGCUGGGGCCAAUGCAAAUAUUCCCACCGCCAUGGCCUACCAAGCAAAUAACAUCCGCGGGCAAUGGAAGCGGGCGUUUUGCAGUGCCACGCUGGUAGGCUUCGGCGGCAUUGGUGGCAUUGCCGGCUCUUUGGUGUUUCGCAGCCAGGAUUCACCUCUUUACCGGCCCGGUUGUUACGCUGCGAUCGCGUGCAACCUGCUCAUCAUCACCGUUGUCUGUGUGAACACGGUCUACUUUCGGAUCUGCAACAGAAAGGCAGAGAAUGGGGAGAUGUUAAUUGAAGGGCUGCUGAAUUUCAGGUAUACUUACUGA